AUAAUCCAGAGUAAUGAUCCUUCAAGUAGUAAUCCUCUGAGCAAUGAUAAUGGCAAUAGUAGCAAUUCUUCAAGCAGUAGUAGUAUUUCUUUGAGCAGUAGUAGCGAUUCUUCAGACAGCAGCAAUCUCUCAAACAUCAUUCAUGUUUUUCAGAUCAACAAUAACUCGGAUGAUCUUGAGCCAUUCCUUGAGCAUGACAGAAGCUUCGAAUAA